AUGGUCACCGUUGCAGUGGCCGGUGGGGGGAGCGGAAUAGGGUCAGACAUUGUCCAAGCGAUCCUUGACGCAAAGAAACACGACGUGGUUGUUCUUUCACGGUCAAUCCAGCCUCACCUGUCAUCACAGGGAGUUGAUGUCCGCGUUGUUGAUUAUGGAUCAGUCAAAGGUGUCAGCAAGUCACUGAGAGGAGUACACACAGUGAUAAGCUGCAUUGCUGCAUAUGGGAGUAACUCGACCACCUCCGAGCUAGUCCUCUUGGAAGCAGCGAAACAAGCGGGUGUGGCUCGUUUUGUGCCGUCGGAAUGGAACAGUGAUUGCCAUGAUGUUGUCGAUCUCUACUCCGGCAAGAGUAUUGUUUGGGAAGCUGUCCAAUCUUCAGGGCUGGAAUAUACUCGGUUCAUGAAUGGUCUCUGGAUAAACGUAUUCGGUCCCGGCUGCAUCAGGGACGAAAGGGAAGCUCUUGGGGGUUACAAAGGACGCCCACCGUUUGCUAUUGACUUAAAAGCUGGCACGGCGAUAAUACCAGGUGAUGCAUCUCAGGCUGUGGUAAUCACGAAAACACAAGACGUUGGCCGGUUCGUGGCUGCUGCCCUGGAUCUACCUAAGUGGGAACCCGAGAGUAGGAUUGUUGGCGACAAGCUUACUUUAACCGAGGUUGUUGAGUUGGGGAAAGUGAUUUGUGGAAGAGACCUUCACAUCAAGGUCAUGUCAAUUGAGAAUCUUGAAGGACUUCUGCAUGGUAACAUGAGCAGUGGUGAAAGAUUCUAUUAUCAACUCCUUUUGGCCAUUGCCAAAGGCCGGAUGGACUUCGAGCCUACUUUGAAUGACCUCUGUCCCGAUAUCAAACCUAUUACUGUCAAGGAGUAUCUCAGAAGGCAUUGGACCAAUGACUAG